GACAGAACAGGGGGUUUACCGGACAUUUCCACAACACGGUGAUAAUUUUCUGGUAUCUACAGCACUGAUAAAGCAUCCAGUGUAUUUCUUAAUUAUCAAUUAUUGUUUAAAUAUGAAUUACUUGAACAUUAUACAAUGACACCAGCCUGGGAGGUGAUGAGUAAAGUUGAACGGUCCAGGAAAUCCGUGUAUUUACAAACAGGCGCAGCUAACAGCAGACGGCUAAUGGACAGAGCGGAGGACGGAUUAGCUGACGGCUAACCGAGGUGAAAAAGCUUUUCCUGGUGGGUCUGCAGAGUUUGUCAGGAACAGCUGCAACCAUGACGUGUGACAGAAGCAGCGACGAUACUAAAAACGACAAAAAAUCGCCUGAAAGCAGCGCUACUACGGAGUACUGCGCUAAGUUGCAGCAAUGGAUGUGGCAGUAUUAUUGGGGCUACGCCAACUGGCAGAGCUGGUUGGCGCUGUCCGCCUUCCCCUUCCCUCCGUCUUGUGGUGUCCCUCCGCCGGGCACAGGCGCCCAGACACAACCGGGGGCACCUGCCUCGACCUCCGGGAGCGAGGUUUUUUAUGACACACGGACCUGGUACAGCUACCCGUAUCCUCUCGGCUUCCCCGCAUCCUCUCCUCACCCGGGUGGUACCCACAGCGGGCAGAGGUUCAGCCGCCACCACGCUCACAGCGACUGAUGCCGCCCAGCGCAGCAGCAGGACGGGAACCCUCCGCAGGCAGGACGAGAGUACACCAUCCCCUCUCCUCUCCAGAGGUUGGCAGAGACAGUGGACUUCUUUAUCCUGUUUUGCGUGAAGGCCACCAUUGUGCUGUGGAUCAUGCAUCUGAGUGGGAUGAAGGAUAUUGCCAGAUUUAUUACUCAGUUCAUUGUGGAGGAGAUUGAUGAGAACACGUCCAUGGAGGACCUACAGAAGAUGAUGGCGGUUGCUCUGGUCUACAGGGUGCUGGUGUGCGUCUAUGAGACGAUCUGUAUCUGUGCUGGUGGUGCUACUCCUGGGAAGUUCCUGCUCGGCCUGCGGGUGGUGACGUGUGAUACGUCCACUCUGGUUCGACCCAACCGGGUUCUUGUGGUUCCAGCAUCUAACGUCUCCCUCUCAGCCUCUACUGUGCGGGCGUUGAACAAGAACUUCUCCAUUGCCUUCCUCUUUCCUGUCUUCAUCACCCUCCUCUUCUUCCAGCACAACAGGACUGUGUAUGACAUUGUGGCGGGGACCAUAGUUGUCCAGCGCAGAGGGGGCAGGUAGCUGCCUUCUUACUGCAGACUCUCUUCUACUUGGCAUGGAUAAUAAACCACACACAUCUGGAGAAUUUAUUGAUACCUGAUUUAGUGACGGACUGGCGAAGGACUUUUCUGAAUGAAACUUGGACUUGCACUUUAAAAUGAAAUGUAUGCAGAUUGUGGGACAGUGUCAUUACAAACACAUGUUGUGCUGUAAGGCGUUUAAUUUACACCGCUGGACAAACAAAUAAGCUGUGAGGAGAACCUGUUUAAGUAUUGUAAGUUUUUGCUAACUGAAGCUAAAAACGGUGCUUUCAUGGGAUAUUCUGAGUUUUCUCCUCAUCUAUGGUAAAUUUUAAUAUACAUGUUAUGUUUCUGUAUAUAAUUUGUUUAUUCGGUGUGAAGCUGAAAGCUUGUUUGGGGAGGAUUUGACAACUCUUUCCUUUGGUGACCUCUAGUGGCUGUUACUGGAACUGCCCUAAGAUGCCCAUCUUAUUUUCACAUUCAUUUUUCGACAGAGACAAUCCCAUCUUUAUCAUUCUUUCAAACUAAUUUAUUUCAGAAUAAGAGUCCUACAGACACGAGCAACGUUAAUAGGUUGUAGACUUUGACAUUUUCUCAUAUGCAUUUUAUCUUAUUUUGUUCAAGGUAAUACUAGUAAUCUUUUCUGUCUUAUGUUGUGAUAAUUCUUAUAUACAUUGAAGAAAAACAUGCAAACAUGCCAGGCUUCUUUCUGUCCAUACUCUGUGCCUAUGAAUAUUUUGAUGAAGUAUUGCUUUGAUAUGCUAAAAUGUAACAAAACAACACACACAAAAAAAUCUCGUGGGUGUAUGAGGUUCCAAUGUGAGAAAUGAUGUUUGUAAAUUCUCUGCUCAUAUUUUGUGUCUUCAAACUUGUAAUUUUUGUGACUCAGGGCAAAUGUUUAGCAUCAGGAACCACAGUUUGUCUCGACUGAUUAUUGAAUGCUAUUCAUGGUGUCAGAAUUUUACUUAUGCACAAUGUAAAACUCUUCUGGUAUUACAUAUUAUCACUGAUUAAAUCACAUUUUACAGUCCAGCUGACAUAAA